AUGGAUGGGACUCGAGAACCACCACCACCACCCGCCGCCCGCGAAGGUAGGGGGUCCACGCAGAAGACAAUGUUGUCCAGAGCACUGCAGAAGGCGAAUACUGCGGUCCUGCUGGACAAUGCCACCAACUACGAGGGCGCCAUUGACGCAUACACCGACGCUUGCGGCCUUCUCGCGCAGGUCAUGCAGCGUGCGGGUGCAGACGAGGAGAGGCACAAGCUAGAUGAUAUCAGGAAUACAUAUACUACGCGAAUCAACGAACUCCGACGCCUAGGCCUUGCGCUGCAGGCAGGCGGAAAGGCCCUGCCGGAGAGACCGCCGAGCGGUGAAUCGCUAUCCCAGAGCCUCCUCUCAACCCAUAUAACAGACGGUAAUGCAGACGAUCAGGAUAUCUACGUCAUUGGCACCGCUGCUGCAAGUCGAAUGCUCGCUAAAAAUGCCGCCACGGAGUCGACCGACGAACGUUUCAUCCCGCCGCGACAGCAGUCCCUACAUCCAUCCAAUGAAGACAACAGGCUUCAUGCAUCGGGCAGCUUCGAUAGAAACGAUAGUCCGCCAUCAAACCUUGCAAAUGGCGAUCUGCAAACCCUCCAGGAGAAGGGGACAGAGUCCACCUCAUGGUUAGACACCAUCGACGAAUCUGGUGCUUCGUCAAACUCCUCCGUACGCUCAACAACGUCCUCCCUCUACCUACGCCAGAAACGAGAUCCCCAUUACAGCAGGGGCACUGAGGCCGAAUUCGACGCUGCUCUGGAUGAAGCCGUCGAGGCUGCCUAUGAUGACGGACUGGAAAUUGUUCAUCAGGAUGAACCAGAAGACGAUAUAAUGUCUCACGUACGCAGGAAUAUCGAAAUAGCAAAACAAAAGGUGCGAGAGGCCGAGCUCGAAGCAGAGGCUGCAUCGGCCAGAGAAAGAGAGAGAAGGAGACCGGACGGCCUCCGUGAGGAUGACCUUGGCGCGCUGGAUCAGGACGAGUACGAAGACCAUGAAGCCGAAGAGGAAGAGCGCAUUCUGGAAGAGAUGAUGGAUGAUUUCGAGUUCGAUCUACAGUCGAAAUCUGCCCUCCCACGCCAGUCGGGCUCCAGUGGCUACUCCAGUAGAACCUGGGGUAGCUCGGUGGCAUCGAGUCGAACAAAUACAGGGACUCUACUUUCUACCCUCACCGAAGAAGACGACUUUACAAUCCCACCUGGAGAUGCCGAGGACAACGCUGUAUCGGCAGCAACAGUUCGGUCACGACGACUGUCUGGACAUCCAAAGGAGCUUGUAAUAGAGACUGGAGCCUCCCAAGCAUCCUCUGGAGCGGAUGGAUCUCGUCAUGUACCACCGUCAAUGCUUCUAGCCCACCCCAUAACCCCCUUGCCGUCGAAAACAAGCCAUGCCAAAACAUCGAGCGAUUUCAAUCUCGAGACGCUACAGCCGCGUCCCCAUACCGCAAUUGGCUCGCCAGAAUCACCCACUCUCGACUCUCCUGCAAUUUCGGCGUUUCCCACCCUCCAAUCUCACGAAUCUGUUGACUUUGACACAUUUUUGACAUCUCCUCCCCCCGUUUUGAGCAGACUACAUUCCGCACCCAGUAUCUCCCAGCGAGAACACUCGGCACCAGCCCUUGGGAAGCCCUCCUUAGGACCCAGCAGUCCAUACGCCACUGCGUUCAUCCCUGAUAUUGGGAAAACCUAUUCUCUACCCGCCGUACCUACGCUCGGUGUGUCCGGGCCUUCUAAACAUUUAUUCGAUAACAAUAUACAUUCCCCCCUCACCCCAGGGUCACCUAAUCCAAACGCUCCCGACGCCCCCAUUCCUCUAGAACCUUGUCCACAAUCAUUCCUCCUUCGUCCAUUCUGGUUAAUGAGGUGUCUCUAUGAAACAAUCGCCCACCCGCGCGGUGGAUAUCUAACCACAAAAUUAUUUAUACCCAGAGAUAUAUGGAAAGUGAAAAAUGUCCGAAUCAAGGCCCUGGAGGAGAAGAUCUCAAACUGCGAUCUACUCACGGCAGCAUUGCUGAAACUUGCCACAGUCGACACCAACGACGCUGAUGCUGUACUGGAAGAAAUGCAAACCUUUGAAAAUAUCCUGGAUCAGGUACAAGCCGUAUGGUCUAGGAAACUAGGUAGUGAAGUUGGUGUGCAAGGCGGCAUGGCACUGUUCAAGCUAUCGGCAGACGAGACCUCUCCAGCAGUCGAUUCAUCUUCCAAACUUUCCAGCAGCGGAAGUAAAUCUUACCUUUCCUCAUGGCGAAAGCUUCGGUCGAAGAGUUCUGGUGUCACCAGUACAAGUUCAAGUAGCUUGUCAAGAGAUAACAGCAAGGACAACCCGACCAUAUGCACAUUGCCUAUGACUGAUCUGGCAAGUUCCGCGGCUCCAAGACGGGAUGUCGUUGAAAUCAAUUGCAAUGGGCCAAACGCAAACUACAUGAGCGCCUUAGCCAGGCUGUUCGAUGCUGCACAAGUUAUAGACCAAAUUGCCCGCCAAGUUGAGGACCCAGGCCUAAGGCAUACAUCCCAGACUCUCGUUGGCCUCGAACUCAGCACUCGUCAUGCCUCUGAAUUCUUCGGAUUCUAUGCUUGCCGGUUCGCGCUGAACGACAUCGGCCUGAUGCUUGACAAAUUCAUUAAACGAGGUAGUGAAUACGUUCUAGUUUGA